UGUCUUCUCUCACUUCGAACCUCAAAAACCCACCCUAUCAUCUCUCUUUGCUCUUCUACAAACUACUACCAACUAAGCUCAAAAACUAUUCUUUCACACACCCUUUUGUAAGCUGAAAAUGUUUAGUGUUUCUGAUAACAAUGACUUCUGUUAUCCUCGUUGUGUUUGGGUGAAUGGCCCAGUCAUAGUCGGAGCCGGGCCGUCCGGACUAGCAGUGGGAGCAUGCCUCAGAGAGCAAGGUGUGCCCUUUGUGGUACUUGAAAGAGCUGAUUGUAUUGCAUCGUUGUGGCAAAAGCGUACUUAUGAUCGCCUAAAGCUUCACCUCCCCAAGAAAUUCUGCCAACUCCCUAAGCUCCCAUUCCCCGAAAGCUUCCCGGAAUACCCAACAAAGAAACAGUUCAUAAACUAUCUUGAAUCAUAUGCAGAGCACUUUGAAAUCAACCCACAAUUCAAUGAGUGUGUGCAGUCAGCGAAGUACGACGAGGCUUGGGGCCUUUGGCGUGUCAGGACCGUGUCCACCAGGGGCUCAACCCGGUCUGAGGUUGACUACAUUUGCCAGUGGCUUGUGGUGGCCACCGGCGAGAAUGCAGAGCGUGUGAUGCCGGAUAUUGACGGAUUGAAAGAUUUUGGAGGUGAAGUAGUUCAUGCUUGUGAGUACAAGUCUGGAGAGAGCUUCUCUGGAAAGAAAGUUCUUGUUGUGGGUUGUGGAAAUUCAGGCAUGGAAGUGUCUCUUGACCUCUCCAACCACAAUGCUAAACCAUCAAUGGUGGUCCGAAGCUCGGUUCAUGUUUUGCCGAGGGAAGUAUUUGGGAGAUCAACGUUUGAAUUGGCUUUUAUGAUGACGAAAUGGCUACCACUUUGGGUGGUUGAUAAGAUUUUGCUGAUUUUCGCAUGGUUGAUUCUUGGAAACAUUGAGAAAUACGGGCUGAAAAGGCCAACAAUGGGUCCAUUGGAGCUCAAGAACACCAGUGGAAAGACCCCUGUUCUGGACAUUGGUGCAAUGGAAAAGAUCAGAUCUGGUGAAAUUCAUAUAGUCCCCGGAAUCAAGAGGUUCUCUCGCGACAUGGUUGAACUCGUUAAUGGUGAAAUGCUCGAAAUUGACUCGGUUGUUUUGGCUACUGGGUACCGCAGCAAUGUCCCAUACUGGCUACAGGAAACAGAAUUCUUCUCCAAGAAUGGUUUUCCAAAGGUGCCAUCAAAUGGGUGGAAAGGAAAUGCUGGGCUCUAUGCUGUUGGAUUCACAAGAAGAGGGCUCUCUGGUGCAUCCUCAGAUGCAAUGAGAAUAGCACAAGACAUCGGCAAGGCGUGGAAGGAAGAUUUGAAGCAGAAGAAGCAAAAAGUCCCUUCACAUCGACGAUGCAUUUCACAGUUCUGAUCACAGAUCUCCGAAACAUUCAUUGAUUUCCCUUUCCUUUUCCUUCUUUGUUAAAUACAUUGCAGAUCAGAGUGAAAUGUAUCGUGUAAAGAUAGCAAUUAUGAAAACAGAAAGAAAGAACAACUAGCACAGAGACCAGCCCUCUCCAGAAAAGCCCAAAGUUUUGAUAAUGUUUGGGUGUUUUGUAUACCGAGGAUGACGAGGCUUUAUUUUUUUCUUUAGUUCCAAGUUUUUAUGUAGCUUUGUACAAUUAUCCAGUUAUCAGUUAUAAUGAGAAAGAACGUCCUUCCCCACACUUCA